AUGUCAGAAAAAGAAACAAAUACAACAUCAACAGAAAAUAAAGAAAAAGAAAAACAAGAACAAACUAAUACAAAUUCAACAACAGAAUCAACAAAUAAUCAAGUUGAUGAAGAAUAUGAAAGACCAGGAAGAUCAGAAGGUUUAGAUGAAUUUGGAAUUCAAUUAGAUAUUCAACAAUCUGAUCCAAAUUCACCAUUAUAUUCAGUGAAAACAUUUGAAGAAUUAGGAUUAAAACCAGAGUUAUUAAAGGGUGUUUAUGCAAUGGGUUAUAAUAAACCAUCUAAAAUUCAAGAAGCAGCAUUACCAAUUAUUAUUCAAUCACCAAAUAAUUUAAUUGCACAAUCACAAUCAGGUACUGGUAAAACUGCUGCAUUCACAUUGGGUAUGUUAAAUUGUGUUGAUCCAUCAAUCAAUGCACCACAAGCAAUUUGUAUUAGUCCAACCAAAGAAUUAGCAUUACAAACUUUUGAAGUUAUCUCAAAGAUUGGUCAAUUUUCAAAUAUUAAACCAUUAUUAUAUAUAUCAGAGAUUGAAGUACCAAAAAAUGUUACAAAUCAAGUUAUUAUUGGUACACCAGGUAAAAUUUUAGAAAAUGUAAUAAAAAAACAAUUAUCAGUUAAAUUUUUAAAGAUGGUAGUAUUGGACGAAGCAGAUUUUAUUGUAAAGAUGAAGAAUGUACCAAAUCAAAUUGCAAUGAUUAAUAGAUUAUUACCAAGCAAUGUAAAGGUUUGUUUAUUCUCUGCAACAUUUAGUAUGGGAGUUGAGGAAUUAAUUAAAAAGAUCGUUCAAGAUCCAUAUACAAGUAUAAGAUUAAAAAGACAAGAGUUAUCUGUUGAAAAGAUUCAUCAAUAUUUUAUAGAUUGUGGUAGUGAAGAUAAUAAAGCAUUGAUUCUAUCAGACAUCUAUGGUUUCAUAUCAGUUGGUCAGUCAAUUGUAUUCGUACAUACAAUUGCAACUGCAAAAUCGGUACACCAAAAAAUGGUUGAUGAAGGUCAUUCAGUUUCAUUACUCUAUGGUAAAGAUUUAACAACAGAGGAACGUUUUAAACAAAUUAAAGAUUUCAAAGAUGGUAAAUCAAAAGUAUUGAUAACAACAAAUGUUUUAGCUAGAGGUAUUGAUAUUCCACAAGUUUCAUUGGUGAUCAAUUAUGAUGUACCAUUGGAUGAAAUGGGUAAACCUGACCCAGUUCAUUAUCUUCAUCGUAUUGGUAGAGUUGGUAGAUUCGGUCGUUCUGGUGUUGCUCUUAGUUUUGUUUAUGAUCAACAAUCAACAAAUAAAUUAAUGAAUAUUUCAACCCAUCUUGGUGUACCUUUAAAAGAAUUAAAAUCUUCUGAAAUUGAAUCUUUAGAUGGUAUCUUAAAAGGUAUUAGAAAUCAAUUAACACCAUUAAAUAAUUAA